AUGGGAGGAGCCGAGGAACCGAAAGAGAAAACAGGCCGUGCAGGCCGCGGAGGAGCCGGGCGCCUUAAUGGAGCUCCGGACGCUGCUGUGGCUGCUGUGGCUUCUGUGCCGGGGCGGCGGCGAUGCGGACUCCCACGCCCCCUUCACCCCGACCUGGCAGCGGAGCCGCGAGCAUGAGGCCGCCGCCUUCCGGGAAAGCCUUAAUAGACAUCGAUACUUGAAUUCUUUAUCUCCCGGUGAAAACUCCACCGCCUUCUAUGGAAUAAAUCAGUUUUCCUAUUUGUUUCCUGAAGAGUUUAAAGCCAUUUAUUUAAGAAGCAAACCUUCCAAGUUUCCCAGAUACUCAGCAGAAGUACAUAGGUCGAUCCCCAAUGUGUCUUGGCCAUUAAGAUUUGACUGGAGGGACAAGCAUGUUGUGACACAAGUGAGAAACCAGCAGACGUGUGGAGGAUGCUGGGCCUUCAGCGUGGUGGGGGCAGUGGAAUCUGCAUAUGCAAUAAAAGGGAAGCCCCUGGAAGACCUAAGUGUCCAGCAGGUCAUUGACUGUUCGUAUACUAAUUAUGGCUGCAAUGGAGGCUCUACUCUCAAUGCUUUGAACUGGUUAAACAAGAUGCAAGUAAAACUGGUGAAAGAUUCAGAAUAUCCUUUUAAAGCACAAAAUGGUCUGUGCCAUUACUUUUCUGGUUCACAUUCUGGAUUUUCAAUCAAAGGUUAUUCUGCAUAUGACUUCAGUAACCAAGAAGAUGAAAUGGCAAAAGCACUUCUUACCUUUGGCCCUUUGGUAGUCAUAGUAGAUGCAGUGAGCUGGCAAGAUUAUCUGGGAGGCAUUAUACAGCAUCACUGCUCUAGUGGAGAAGCAAAUCAUGCAGUUCUCAUAACUGGGUUUGAUAAAACAGGAAGCACUCCAUAUUGGAUUGUGCGGAAUUCUUGGGGAAGUUCAUGGGGAGUAGAUGGUUACGCCCAUGUCAAAAUGGGAAGUAAUGUUUGUGGUAAGUCAUAAAUUUGUGUUUAGAACCUCGAGAUAAAUAUUAAGGAGAUUAUUUGAAUAUUUUAGAGUUACAAUAUACUCAAAUCACUUUAGCAGUAAUAGUUUUUGUCCUUUAACCAAAUGAUGAACAAAAAAAGUAUUUUACAAGAGGAACUGUUAAACAUAUUAGUAUUUGAAAAAGGAAGAGGGACCUUAGUAAAAAAUAUAUGUUACAUGUAUAUCUUAAAACAUAAGAUAAAGUAAUAAUUUACCAAGGUUAAUUACUUUAAAAACGAGAUAAACACAAAGCUUAGGAGAGUGGACUCCUGCAGAAAUGUCUUCUUGUUCCAAAUUUACAUUUCAUAACUAUAACGUUUUCUUAAUUUGUGUAUUGUAAUAUCUGCUCAAUGACUAUCAAAAGUUUUUCUAUGUUUUCAAAUAUAUUGAAACUGAGCAUUAGUAUUGUUUGUGACUUAAUAUGCCCCUUGCCAUCUACAAAAUUCUAGCAAAACACCCACUAGAAUUGAGAGGCUUAGGCAAAUACCAAACAUGCUUUUUUAUUGAAUGACAACUUUUUUUAUUUUUGAGAUGGAGUCUCACUCUGUCUCCCAGGCUGGAAUGCAGUGGUCCGAUCUCGGCU